UUUUCAGGUCAACUAAAACUCUAAGGCGCACGAGCAAUGCGCUCAAAACAUGUGCUGUACAUAGCUAUACUGUUCAGUUCAAUUUUUGGAGGGAAAGGAAUCCAACAAAAUGAGGAAUUUCAAAGAUACGACGGAUGGUACAACAAUCUGGCGAAUAGUGAAUGGGGUUCUGCUGGAAGUCGGCUGCAUAGAGAUGCACGUUCCUACUACUCAGACGGUGUAUAUUCAGUGAAUAACUCACUUCCGUCCGCCCGUGAACUCUCCGAUAUACUAUUCAAAGGAGAGUCCGGUAUACCUAAUACAAGAGGAUGCACGACUUUAUUGGCAUUUUUCAGUCAAGUAGUUGCUUAUGAAAUAAUGCAAUCAAAUGGAGUAUCCUGUCCACUAGAGACACUUAAAAUUCAAGUACCCCUAUGUGAUAAUGUAUUUGAUAAAGAAUGUGAGGGAAAGACAGAAAUCCCAUUUACACGUGCCAAAUACGAUAAAGCAACUGGAAAUGGGCUCAACUCACCUCGAGAACAAAUCAAUGAACGGACUUCAUGGAUUGAUGGAUCAUUCAUCUAUGGUACCACCCAGCCAUGGGUGUCCUCAUUAAGAUCUUUCAAACAAGGGCGGUUGGCUGAAGGUGUACCUGGAUAUCCACCACUUAACAACCCACAUAUUCCAUUGAAUAACCCCGCUCCGCCACAAGUACAUCGAUUGAUGAGUCCAGAUAGAUUAUUUAUGUUGGGAGACUCGCGUGUGAAUGAGAAUCCAGGUCUUCUCUCAUUUGGUCUGAUCCUCUUCCGUUGGCAUAACUACAAUGCAAAUCAAAUCCAUCGAGAACAUCCUGACUGGACAGACGAACAAAUCUUCCAGGCAGCACGUCGUUUGGUGAUUGCAUCUAUGCAGAAGAUUAUUGCAUAUGACUUUGUUCCAGGGCUGUUAGGUGAAGACGUUCGUUUGUCAAACUACACCAAAUACAUGCCACAUGUUCCACCUGGAAUCUCGCAUGCUUUUGGAGCAGCCGCCUUCAGGUUCCCUCACUCAAUUGUGCCACCAGCAAUGCUUCUGAGAAAACGAGGAAAUAAAUGUGAAUUCCGGACGGAAGUUGGUGGAUAUCCUGCAUUGAGAUUGUGCCAGAAUUGGUGGAAUGCGCAGGAUAUUGUAAAGGAGUACAGUGUGGAUGAGAUUAUUCUUGGAAUGGCAAGCCAGAUAGCUGAACGAGAUGAUAACAUAGUAGUUGAAGAUCUUCGUGAUUACAUCUUCGGACCAAUGCAUUUCUCUCGUUUGGAUGUUGUUGCUUCAUCAAUAAUGAGAGGAAGGGACAAUGGAGUACCACCGUAUAAUGAAUUGAGAAGAACAUUCGGACUUGCGCCAAAGACAUGGGAGACAAUGAAUGAAGACUUUUACAAGAAGCAUACUGCAAAGGUGGAGAAGUUGAAAGAGUUGUAUGGAGGCAAUAUUUUAUAUUUGGAUGCUUAUGUAGGAGGAAUGCUGGAAGGAGGUGAAAAUGGGCCUGGAGAGUUGUUCAAAGAAAUCAUAAAGGAUCAAUUCACCCGUAUUCGUGAUGGAGAUAGAUUCUGGUUUGAGAAUAAAUUGAAUGGAUUAUUCACUGAUGAAGAAGUUCAAAUGAUUCAUAGUAUUACACUUCGAGAUAUUAUCAAAGCAACCACCGAUAUCGAUGAGACAAUGCUUCAGAAGGAUGUAUUCUUCUUCAAGGAAGGUGACCCGUGCCCGCAACCAUUCCAAGUGAACACAACUGGACUUGAACCAUGUGUUCCAUUUAUGCAAUCAACUUAUUGGACUGAUAAUGACACCACUUAUGUUUUCACCCUAAUUGGAUUAGCAUGUGUGCCAUUAAUUUGCUAUGGAAUUGGCCGAUACUUGGUUAAUCGUCGCAUUGCUAUUGGCCACAACAGUGCUUGUGACAGCCUAACUACUGACUUUGCAAAUGAUGAUUGUGGCGCGAAGGGAGAUAUUUAUGGUGUAAAUGCUUUGGAAUGGCUUCAAGAAGAGUACAUACGACAGGUCAGGAUAGAAAUAGAAAACACCACGUUGGCAGUAAAGAAGCCACGCGGUGGAAUCCUUCGAAAAAUUCGUUUUGAAACUGGACAGAAGAUUGAGUUAUUCCACUCUAUGCCGAAUCCAUCAGCAAUGCACGGACCAUUUGUACUUCUGUCUCAAAAGAAUAAUCAUCAUUUGGUGAUAAGAUUGUCGUCUGAUAGAGAUUUAUCUAAAUUUUUGGAUCAAAUUAGACAGGCGGCUAGUGGAAUCAAUGCAGAGGUUAUCAUAAAGGAUGAGGAGAAUUCUAUUCUCUUAUCCCAAGCAAUCACAAAAGAACGCCGUCAAGACCGACUGGACCUGUUCUUCCGUGAAGCCUACGCAAAAGCAUUCAAUGAUAGUGAACUUCAAGAUUCGGAAACUUCAUUUGACUCAUCAAAUGAUGAUAUAUUAAAUGAGACAAUAUCUCGUGAGGAACUGGCAAGUGCAAUGGGAAUGAAAGCGAAUAAUGAGUUUGUGAAGAGAAUGUUCGCGAUGACUGCAAAACAUAAUGAGGAUUCGCUCAGUUUCAAUGAGUUUUUGACAGUCUUGAGAGAGUUUGUUAAUGCUCCUCAAAAGCAAAAACUGCAAACUCUAUUCAAAAUGUGUGAUUUGGAGGGAAAGAACAAGGUACUCCGAAAGGAUCUCGCGGAACUCGUCAAGUCCCUCAAUCAAACCGCUGGAGUUCACAUUACUGAAAGUGUGCAGCUUCGAUUAUUCAAUGAAGUGUUGCACUAUGCAGGAGUGAGCAAUGAUGCCAAGUACCUGACUUACGACGAUUUCAAUGCUCUGUUCUCGGAUAUACCUGACAAGCAACCAGUUGGACUGCCGUUCAAUCGAAAGAACUAUCAGCCAAGUAUUGGAGAAACAUCUUCUCUGAACUCAUUUGCCGUCGUGGAUCGAUCCAUCAACAGUUCAGCACCGCUAACUUUGAUCCACAAAGUUUCAGCGUUCUUGGAGACCUAUCGCCAACACGUUUUCAUUGUCUUCUGCUUUGUUGCCAUCAAUCUUGUUCUUUUCUUCGAACGGUUUUGGCAUUAUCGUUACAUGGCGGAAAACAGGGAUCUCCGACGAGUAAUGGGAGCUGGAAUCGCUAUUACUCGUGGUGCCGCGGGAGCCUUGUCAUUUUGCAUGGCGUUGAUAUUGCUGACAGUUUGUAGAAACAUAAUCACACUUCUUCGAGAGACAGUCAUUGCGCAGUAUAUUCCAUUUGACUCGGCUAUUGCGUUCCACAAGAUCGUUGCGCUCUUUGCGGCUUUCUGGGCCACUCUUCACACCGUUGGACAUUGUGUCAAUUUCUAUCACGUUGGAACUCAAAGUCAAGAAGGUCUUGCUUGUCUCUUUCAGGAAGCAUUCUUUGGAUCCAACUUCCUUCCUUCAAUCAGUUACUGGUUCUUCAGCACAAUUACAGGUCUGACAGGAAUUGCAUUGGUCGCUGUCAUGUGCAUCAUUUAUGUUUUCGCGUUACCAUGUUUCAUUAAGAGAGCUUAUCACGCAUUCCGGCUCACACAUCUUCUCAAUAUUGCCUUUUACGCACUUACUCUUCUUCAUGGGCUUCCAAAGUUGUUGGAUUCUCCCAAAUUUGGCUACUACGUUGUUGGUCCCAUCGUGUUAUUUGUAAUUGAUCGCAUAAUUGGUUUGAUGCAAUAUUACAAAAAAUUAGAAAUUGUAAACGCAGAAAUCCUUCCAUCAGAUAUUAUAUACAUCGAGUACCGUCGUCCAAGAGAGUUUAAAUAUAAAUCAGGACAAUGGGUUACUGUAUCAUCACCAUCAAUAUCAUGUACCUUUAAUGAAUCUCACGCAUUCUCGAUUGCCUCAAGUCCACAGGAUGAGAAUAUGAAGUUGUAUAUAAAAGCAGUUGGACCAUGGACAUGGAAGUUGAGAAGCGAAUUGAUAAGAUCAUUGAAUACAGGAUCGCCAUUUCCAUUAAUCCAUAUGAAAGGACCAUAUGGUGAUGGUAACCAAGAAUGGAUGGAUUAUGAAGUUGCAAUAAUGGUUGGAGCAGGAAUCGGAGUGACUCCAUAUGCAUCGACACUUGUUGAUCUUGUACAACGAACAUCAAGUGACUCAUUUCACAGAGUUCGUUGCCGUAAAGUAUAUUUCCUAUGGGUGUGCUCAACUCACAAGAACUAUGAAUGGUUUGUGGAUGUGCUCAAGAACGUGGAAGACCAAGCAAGGUCGGGAAUUUUGGAGACACAUAUCUUUGUCACUCAGACGUUCCACAAGUUUGAUUUGAGAACUACUAUGCUUUACAUUUGCGAGAAGCACUUCCGUGCCACCAACUCAGGAAUUUCAAUGUUUACUGGUCUCCACGCUAAGAACCAUUUCGGACGGCCCAACUUCAAAGCUUUCUUCCAAUUUAUUCAGAGUGAACAUAAGGAGCAAUCCAAAAUCGGAGUGUUCAGUUGUGGACCUGUAAACUUGAAUGAAAGUAUAGCUGAAGGAUGUGCAGAUGCCAACCGACAACGAGAUGCUCCUUCAUUUGCACAUCGCUUUGAAACGUUCUAACCUUCCCUAUAUCAUCAUUAUUAUACAUAUUUUAUGCUUCUUUGAGUAUUCUGUGCCAGCUUUACAUUUUCUGUCUAGACUUCAUUUUUUUUCAUUCACUGUUUUAUGGGUAACAACAACAAUGACUUUUAAUUUUG